AUGUCUCUCGACCAGAGAGUCCAGGUCUGGCUCAGCAACAUCCAACAAUCCACCGACGAUCCAUCGCCUGUAACAGAACCGUACGCCGAUGUCCCGCCCAAUCCCUUGAAACGUCGACGAGUCGAUUCACCACCUCGAGAGACCUGGCCAAAUAUCAAGCUGUCGCCCAACGACCCAUUCUACGAUAUCAAGAAGAGAUGGCUCCUCGAGGAAGAAACAGCCAUCAAGAAGAUACGCCUCCAGCAGGCUAAAAACGACAUGCUCAGGGAAGAAUUAGCCAGAAUUGAGAAUCGACCGCUCAAGAAACGAGCGACCGCCAGCAACCAAGUAUCCUCCGAGGUGCAGCAGCAAUACUGUAAUUUCGUCAGCUACAGUACAGGCAAGGUCGAGCGACGGCUCAUCAGUAGAGUUAUACCAGCUCCACAACCUGUGACAACAGAAUCCCGUACACCCUCCUCGUCGGGAUGGGCACAGCAACUCCGAUCGCAAGACGUCAAGGCCGAACCUGACACUGAACCUGUAUCAUGGCCAGAAGUAAAUCCCGAGCCCAUCACCGAGCCGAUCAAGAGAACAGUCGUGCCUGUUCCCUAUCCCAAUACUACACUGAUUGCUGCCCCUUCGCCGGAAUGGGACCGCAUACUCCGAGCAGAAGAGGAGUUGCAACGCGGGGUGAAAGAUACAAUGAGGCUCGAGGCUAGAAUGAGGAUCCAGGCUAGAGAGAGACUCGUCGCUCGAAGAAAAUCCCGAUCCUCAGAGUUGACGACCCUCCUCAAACGCAUCAACGACAUCUACGCUGGUCGUGGUAUUCUCCCCUCAACUGUCCGAGUCCUCAUGAAGGCAACGGCGGGUUUAUCGUGGAAAGAACUGGCCUGGGCGCAAGGCGGAUCUCAAAGCGAUGUUUAUUACUGCUCCCAGCGUCAUCAAGUAGGCCAUGCGCCCAGCCACCAUUCUGUGAAAAAGGUCCUGCACCAGACUUCUCGUUGCAUGGGAUAUGACGCUCUGCCACAAGAGUGGAACAUGGAGGUUGUUCAGAAGGUUCUUGAGCUGUCGUUCAGGGAUGAUGGUACCUGCAGCAAGCCUCAACUUGUCGACUUCAGAUGCAGGUGGGCGCAUCUCCAAUCUCCUCAGCUACGUUAUGCGUACUAA